UAUAUUCAUAUAUAUUUUUAACUAUUUGAAAACUAGUUAUUAUUGAUGAAGAAAAAAACAACAUAAUGUUUUUAUUUAAAACAAAUCUUGAAGAAAGUCUACUCUUUAAUUAUUGACCUUUGACACAAAACAUUGCAAGACUAAACAAAUUAUUUUUACGACUCGAUUUUAGUGUUUUAAUUUUACUUACUUACAAUUAUUAAACGCAAUAUCUAUUUACAAUGGAGGUUUUGAAUGAAAGUGACAUCAUCAACGAAGAAGAAGAGGAGGAAAAAAAACAACAAGCAAACCCACCAUGCAAAGAAGUUACUUAUGUGAUGACUGAACUUCAUGAGUUCCUGAAGCAAGUAUUUGAACGACUCCCAGCACGGUCGUUGCUGAGAUGUUCCAGGGUUUGUAAGCGCUGGAAAAGUGUUGCAACACUUAUACUUAAAGCAAGAGAAAGUUUCACAUGGGCACAAUAUAACAGUCACAUAUGGAGUAGGGAAGAUGAAAGAGAACUACCAGUACCCUACAUAUUAGGCUACUUUGGCCUUGAUUUGAACAUAUGCUUACAGGAAGCAUGGAGUGUUCCUACAGCCUGUUUAUUAUUAACCGAGUUCAAAAGGACAAGUGACUUCCAUGGGACAUCGCUUGAAGAAGCAAGUGGUGUUGAUGUUGACAGUUAUGUUAGUAGUCUGCUGCCCUCUUCCUGUCAAGUUGUCGCUGUAACAGUUCCUGGAACAGUUUGUACAACCCGGGAUUUAACCAAUUGUGCAGAGUCUGAAGGAGAAGGGGGAGCAGUGGCAAUACUUUUUCCAGAAAUGAAUGGUGCUCGAAUCACACGCUUUUCCAUUCGCAAUAAUCUUGGUGGUAAUAUCUGGGAACAGUCCGGCAUUGAACGGCACGAGGAUGUGAAGUGUAUCCUGACAUUUACUCCCAAAACAAGUACAGCAAGAAAGUUAGCUGGUGAAAAGCUACAAGAAGCUUUCUUCAAAGACGGCCAAACACCAGUCAUUGCCGGUGCCAUUGUGGACCAUGUUUUAAGGUAUGUAGUGGUGAAUGGCGGGAAGAGCACCACCGAGUGCAUCGUCUUUUCCGGAGAGCGUAUCAGUGCUGCAUCUGUACUACUGGAUCAAGAUGCGUACACAGAAGAAUUGGUACACAAGGAACUUAUGCGCUUGAAGAGUGCAGGACUCUCAGAGAAGAACAGCAUAGGUUUGAUGUUUGCAUGCAUUGGCCGAGGAUGCGAUUUCUACUCAGCAUGGGAUGUAGAAAGUAAAGUCUUCCGUACGCUCUUUCCAAAAACACCUCUGUUCGGCCUUUUUGGUAACGGAGAAAUCGGCUGUACAAAUCUACCGCAGUCUAAGUGGAAGAAUUUACCGGAAAUGGCACAUGGAUACACAACGAUAAUGUGCUUGAUUUCAUUUGGAUGAUUACACAGACACAAUAGACCGAAUUAGUCACCAAAGAUGACGUCAUGAACAUUUGGCCGAGUGGGUAUUAAAAGUUGUUCAUGUUGAAAGUCCUAUACUUAUGCAUUGAGCAGAGUCAAAAGUGGUGUCUAUUAAAUCAUCUAAAAUUCAAUGUUGCCGUAGAAGAUAGUUUUUUUUUUAUAUUUAUAAAAAUAUAUACAUUUUGAAUUAUUUAUAGAUUCAUGAGAUUAAGUUUGAUUUGAUUGAAUUUCCGUUCAAACUGAAAAUAUGAAGAAUUUUGAGAGGCAUUCUAGGGGGCCUAGGCCAGUCGCUUGCAGGACUCGCCGCAUCCAGCGCUGACUAAGGUGAUCACUGUUGAUUUAGAGGUACAUAGUCAGCUUAAAUACUGUCACCAAGUGAUUUUGUUGCAAUUUCUGUAUGAAAAUACUGUAUUGAAAAUAUUGGAUAAACUUAAAUUGCUCAAUUGCAGAAUAAGAUGUUGCUUUUGACUACGAUGACCAAUGAGUCAAAAGAACGUUGUUUGUAUGACUUUCUAGUCCAGGGCUAGGCCCUCGUUAACGCGACGAGGCUAUGCAAAAAUGUUCCAAGUUUUCCAUUUGUUUCUUUCACUCAAUUUCAAAUCUAACAGGUCAAUACUGUGAUGUUUAUUAAAGAAAUAUUUACCAAGACUUUUCGAUAAGUUAUUUUACGAUAAAAUGUACAAAUAAAUAAGUUUGAAGAGUUUAAAUACUGUCAAAAUUUAUUUGCGAUGGCUUAUUAUUGUGUGAAAAACUGCCACCUAGCAGUUUGUUUUGAUGUUGUGUCCACUAUAACGGCAUUGGUUUGGUGACUAAUUCGGUCUAUUACGAGCUUAAGAAUUUGUUCAUGAUGCACAGUAUGGCUGUUUAAAUAUUCUUGUCAACAGCAAAUGAUUCUCAGUCAGUGGCUUAAACCGGGCACUCGCUGUGGCUUACGACAAAUCCAACUCUGCUCUCUGCUAGCGUUAGACGAUGCUGUCUGGUUAUUAUCAGUGGCAGUCAAAAUGGAUCGUCAUUAAAUACGAUCUGUUGCACAUGCGUCAGGGCGUUGGGGUUCUCUAUAGAAUCGUGUCUGCCAAUGACCAUCAGAUGCAGUGAGUGGCUGGCUUUAGAGAGUACAGUUUUUUUAAAUGUUUGCAGGAUUUGAACCCAAGACCCUGGUAUUGGAAGGCAAGCAUAUUCACUGCUAAUACAGGUAUCAAUGUGGCCGUCCCAUGGCAAAAAUAACGUUACUGCUAUUAUAGUUUUAAGUUACGUUGUUUUGGAGCAAAGAUACCUUCUGAAGAAGUCGCCAUCUUUGUGUGACUCAUGGAAUAAUCUUCAUUUAGGUUCUCCUAGAUGCUCUGGGAUAAGACAAACUUGCUGGCAUUAAUUUAUUCAAUGAUUUAGUAGUUUGUUGGAAGAAGGCCUUUCUAAUAAUGAGGGAAGGCUUUAUUCUUAUUCUUUUUAUUUCCAAAACGACGACAGUACACAGAAAAACCAUCCAACUGGGUGAGCAGGAAGGAAACACUAAAGCGAACCUAAUCGCUGUGACUAAAAGUCAGUGUUUCCCACUCAUCCAUUUUCAAAUUAAAAUAUUGAAACAUUGAUAAAAUAAGCAAUAUAGAAAUAUAUUAAAAUCAUGGAUCAUGGAUAAUAAUUUAGCUAAAUUUAAAUACAUACUGCUGUAAAAAAGCUAUAAAGAAAUGCAAAAAAUUGUCUAUGUGAGCCUAUAGAAAAUUAAAAAAAAAAACCAGAAAAUCACAAAAAAUAUCAACUGAACUGAUAAAAUAAAUUACUAAAGUUGCAUCUAUGCAAUAUUGUAGUAUAUGCUGAUAGUUGAAAAUAAAUGAAAAUCAACAUGA